UGACGGGCUGAGGUCAGGUGAGGUCAGGCUUGUGUCAACAUCAUGUGACUGUCAGUGGUGCUAUCAAGAUUUGAAACUUCAGAGUAUCGCUGAGUCUCUACACAAGGGUUACAGAUUACCUGGAGGGCGGGGCUGUGGUGACGAUUAUCAGUACAGUGGUUUGGAGAUGGGGUGUUGUGGCUGGCUAUGGAACAGCUGGCUGUGCCUGGGACUGGGCAUCCUCCCCAUCUCUGUGGGGAUCCUGACUGCUGCAACAUUCGCCAUAUCAUAUAGCAUAGCUGUGGUCCUGAAGCAUGUGGCUCCUGGCUUCCCUUACAUCAGUGAUACAGGUACAGAACCACCAGAAAGCUGCAUAUUUGGACAGCUGCUCAACAUCACAGCUAUGCUUGUUGCUGCAACAGUUUACGUCCGCUACAAACAGGUUCUUGAGUACAACCACAGGCCAGAGGACAGUGGUCUCCUACUGCUGAACAAAUUCUCUGCCUGGCUGGGAAUGUUUAUAUCUCUGGGCAUGAGCCUGGUGGCAAACUUCCAGGAAAGCAGCGUCAUCAUAGUUCACGUUGUCGGGGCCUUCAUGUGUUUUGGGUGCGGAAUCGUCUACGGUUUUCUCCAGACGGUGAUGUCAUACAAGAUGUACCCACACCAGAACAGCCUGGCCGUCUGUAGAGUCAGACUUGUGGUCCUUGUUCUCGCUACACUGUGCUUCAUCACUACAAUAGUUGCAGGUGGUCUGGCAGCAAGGGACUACCACGGGACAGACAUCGAGAAGUGGCUGCCUGAGGAUGGGGGAUUUGUCCCCCACGUGGUGAGUACAGCAGCAGAGUGGGGCAUGUCCAUCUGCUUCAUCCUCUUCUUCUUCACGUACAUCCGAGAGUUCCAGAAGAUCACCAUGGAGGCUCAGGUCCGCCUCUUCACCGACGUCAUGGCGCUUCCCUGUGACCUGGAGAGGAGUGUGGGCAGUGAAGAGAUCAUCCCCACGUGAUCCACAUGUGCUCAGACACUAGUCCAUGUUUUUUUAUUGAUUAAGACCACAACAAUUUGAUCUCUGGGUUCUCAGAUUUUUCCAGGAAGCAGGCAGCAAAAAAAAAA